AUCACACACUCCUCUGAACUCAUCCACUCUUGCUCUGGACUCUGGAAGACACAGUCGGCCAGUUGCCAUGAAGACUGCUCUGGCUCUGCUGCUGCUCAUCUCUCUGGCCUGCCACAGUGUUCUCUCCUGCUCUGUCUGCAAAGGCCACGCCCUCAAAUGUCACCAAUGCGUGGCGUCCAAUGAAGACGACUGCAACCGACAGGGCUCCACCUCCUGCCCUCAGUACGCUGACGCCUGCUCCACCAUCACAGGACCCAACACUGUGAUGAAGUCGUGCUCGUACAAAGCAUUUUGCGAAAAGGCUAACGGCGCCGGCUCCGGAGCCAAGAUGGAAUGCUGUUUUGGCGACGACUGUAACGGGCCCCACCGGAGCCACAGCCACGGUCACCACAGCAGUGCAGGAGCUCUGGCCUCCAGCCCCGUCCUGCUGAUCACGGCCCUGCUGCUGCGCGUGGCCGCCAGUCAGCUGUGAACACUUCAACUUUUCUUUUCCUCCAGUGAUUCAUCAUGUGUUCCUUGUCUGUUUAAUCAUUUGCUGUGUUGUCCAUCCAUCCACCCACCCUUUUGUCUUUGUCACUCUGCCCCUCAGAGAUUUUUAAUCGAAGUUUUCGAAAAUGAUUUGUACAAAGGCCCCUGUCUGCCAAUGUGAUGAAAAUAAAAAUCUGGUAAGUCAUUAUGAUGAGAAACUUUCUCAAAAUUACGACUUAGUAUCUCAAAACAAUGAGUUAGUAUCAUUCCAAGUCAUUACUUAAAAACAAGUCAUUAUUGUAAAACUUUCUCAUUAUUUUGCAAUAUAGUCAUUAUAUUAGUUGAAAGUCUCUCAUUUAUAGGUAGUCUACAAAGUCAUUAUUCUGAGUUAAGUUAUUAUUUUGAGAAAGUUUUUCAUAAAUUUGAGACAUUAAGUCAUUAUUUUGAGAUACUGAGUAUUUUGAGAGCCUGUCUCAUUACUUUGAGUCACUAAGUCAUUUUGAGAUGCUAAGUUGUUAUUUUGUGACAUUAAUUCAUUAUUUUGAGAUACUAUGUCAUUAUUUGGGCUACUAACUCAGUAAUUUGAGAGCCUGUCUCCUUAAUUUGAGCUACCUAAUAAUGACUACAUGAUAUUGACUCACACAAUCUUCAUUUUCAUCACACUGGUGUGAAGUGGCUUCCAUAGCUGUGAGAGUUUCAGGUUGUUCAAAAACAAACAAAGCAUUUUUCUGAUGACUGCAUUGGUGCAGUGAAGGUGGUCUUUCCCAUAUACCAGCUUCAGCGCCUUUGAUUGUGUUGUAUUUUGUUUUAAUCAUUAUUUAAAUACUUGAAUAGUAACUUGAUUAUCUAUAGUGGUGUGUUCACAUUCAGGUGAUGUUAAGCUGCAAAGCAACUUGUGAACCUGAGAGUGUUUGUGGUGAAUAAGUGUGUACAAAGUGAAGUACACGUACCCACGGUUUUUGUUAUAGGGACUCGGUGUGGUUUGGGUAGGUGCUGGGGUGCCUCGGUGGGAAGCUAGUGUGCAGCUCGCUUGACGCCAUGGAACCACAUUAUUUAACUGUGUCAUUGCCAUGGGAAAGUAUUUUAA